GCGGGGCCGCAGCAGAGGGCAGAUCCAGGAGGCCCCGCCGGCCGGCGCCGAGAUGUGGAACCCCCUCCACGAAACCGACUCGACCUUUGUCGCGUGGCGCCGCCCGCGCUGGCUGUGCGCCGGGGCGCUGGUGCUGGCCGCCGGCCUCUUUAUCCUCGGCUUCCUCUUCGGAUGGUUUAUAAAAUCCUCCAAUGAACCUACUAACAUCGUUCCACAGCAUAAUGUGAAGAAGGCAUUUUUGGAUGAAUUGAAAGCAGAGAACAUCAGAAAGUUCUUAUAUAAUUUUACACGAAUACCGCAUUUAGCAGGAACAGAACAAAACUUUCAGCUUGCAAAGCAAAUUCAAUCCCAGUGGAAAGAAUUUGGCCUGGAUUCUGUUGAGUUAGCCCAUUAUGACGUCCUGUUGUCCUACCCAAAUGAGACUCAUCCCAACUACAUCUCAAUAAUUGAUGGAGACGGAAAGGAGAUUUUCAACACAUCGUUAUUUGAACCGCCUCCUCCAGGAUAUGAAAAUGUUUCAGAUGUUGUGCCACCUUUCAGUGCUUUCUCUCCACAAGGAAUGCCAGAGGGUGAUCUAGUGUAUGUUAACUAUGCACGAACUGAAGACUUCUUUAAACUAGAGCGGGACAUGAAAAUCAAUUGCUCUGGGAAGAUUGUGAUUGCUAGAUAUGGGAAAAUUUUCAGAGGAAAUAAGGUUCAAAAUGCUCAGCUGGCAGGGGCCAAAGGAGUCAUCCUGUACUCAGACCCUGCUGAUUACUUUGCACCUGGAGUGAAGUCCUAUCCAGAUGGUUGGAAUCUUCCUGGACGUGGUGUCCAGCGUGGAAAUAUCUUAAAUCUUAAUGGUGCAGGGGACCCUCUCACGCCUGGUUACCCAGCAAAUGAAUAUGCUUAUAGACGUGGAAUCACAGAGGCUGUUGGUCUUCCAAGUAUUCCUGUUCAUCCAAUUGGAUACUACGAUGCACAGAAGUUCCUGGAAAAAAUGGGUGGAUCAGCACCACCGGAUCACAGCUGGAAAGGAGGUCUCCAAGUGCCCUACAAUGUCGGACCCGGCUUUGCUGGAAACUUUUCUACACAAAAAGUCAAGAUGCACAUCCAUUCCAACAAUAAAGUGACAAGAAUUUACAAUGUGAUUGGAACUCUCAGAGGAGCAGUGGAACCAGACAGAUAUGUCAUUCUUGGAGGACACCGUGACUCAUGGGUGUUUGGUGGCAUUGACCCUCAGAGUGGAGCAGCUGUUGUUCAUGAAAUUGUGAGGAGUUUUGGAACACUGAAAAAAGAAGGUUGGAGGCCUAGAAGAACAAUUUUGUUUGCAAGCUGGGAUGCAGAAGAAUUUGGUCUUCUUGGUUCUACUGAGUGGGCAGAGGAGAAUUCCAGACUCCUUCAAGAGCGUGGUGUGGCCUAUAUUAAUGCUGAUUCUUCUAUAGAAGGAAAUUACACUCUGAGAGUUGAUUGUACCCCGCUGAUGUAUAGCUUGGUAUACAACCUAACAAAAGAGCUCCAAAGCCCUGAUGACGGCUUUGAAGGCAAAUCUCUGUAUGAGAGCUGGAAUGAGAAAAGUCCUUCCCCCGAGUUCAGUGGCAUACCCAGGAUUAGCAAGUUGGGAUCUGGUAAUGAUUUUGAGGUGUUCUUCCAAAGUCUUGGGAUUGCCUCAGGCAGAGCACGAUAUACGAAAAAUUGGGUAAGUCUGUCACAAACUAUUUUUAUCAACAGGCAUGUCAUCUAUGCUCCAAGCAGCCACAACAAGUAUGCAGGGGAGUCGUUCCCAGGGAUCUAUGAUGCUCUGCUUGAUAUUGAAAGCAAAGUGGAUCCUUCUAAGGCGUGGGGAGAAGUGAAGAGACAGAUUUCUAUUGCAGCCUUCACAGUGCAGGCUGCAGCAGGGACUCUGAAAGAAGUAGCCUAAGAGGGUUCUUCAGAGAACCCAUAUUGAUUUGGUAUGGUAUAUCACUCAGAAAGAAUCAUGAUGGGUGCACUGAUAAAGUAAAAAAUAAAGUUGUGCGUAUAUAUGUAUAU